GCCAAACUUUCCUGGAAACCACUACGCUGGAUAUCGAUCGGAUUGGGUGAAUGGUCCGAAGAUGCUGUUUCUAUCGCCCAACCAGUGGCCCAUUAUCGAUCAACUCGAGGAAACUACCGAAGAGGCAAGAGGUUUAGUGACGUUCCAUGAAGUGGUCAACGUGAGUGCUGUUUCUCGAUGGACGAAACUGGUGCGGGUAACCGCUACCGUGGCCCGGUUCGUCGCCAACUGUCGCCGGAAAAAGGCUGGUAAGCCAACAUUGACUUCGCAGGCUACGGCUCAUCAUCUACGAUUAAUAAAAGCACGGUUUUCCACGAUUCAGCAACCUCUUCAACAAGAAGAGCUUCGACUAGCAGAGAUAAUCCUUUGGGAGCAGUCGCAAUUCGCCAGUUUUCCGGCUGAGAUGAAUAUACUUACAGCAAAUCUCGAGCUAGAAGCGGGUGAACCACCGAAGAAAAUCGAGAAAUCCAGCAUUCUGUACAGACGUUCUCCAAUCCUGGACACUGAAGGGGUGCUGCGAGUACGAGGAAGGAUAGAGUCCAAUGAAGCGAUCCCGUUCGACAAGAAAUUCCCUAUCAUCCUAUCGGGGAAACAAGAGAUAACGCAGAAGCUAAUUCUACAUUACCACGAAAAAUACGGUCAUGCUUACAGGGAGACCGUGUUCAAUGAGCUCCGUCAGAAAUUCUGGAUCCAGAACGCACGUACAGCGAUUCGACGAGCGACCGAGGCAUGUGUGUGGUGCAAGGUGAAUCGAUGUGUUCCGGCUGCUCCCUUGAUGGCACCGUUACCCGUUCAACGCACCACUUCUCAUCUUCGACCAUUUAGUGCAGUAGGUGUCGAUUAUUUAGGACCAGUAGAGGUAGCCAUAGGUCGGCGGAUAGAGAAGAGAUGGGCAGCGGUUUUUACGUGCAUGGCUGUGAGGGCUGUGCAUUUGGACGUAGUGUACAGUUUGAGCUCGCAGUCCUGCCUGAUGGCUAUCAGACGUUUCUCGAGCAAGCGAGGCACUCCCGAUCACAUAUUCUCCGACAACGCUACGUGUUUCCAUGGAGCGAACACCGUGAUGACCAAGGAGAUCGAGAAGAUCCACAAAGAGUGUGCGGAAAGGGUCACUUCGUCCAUCACAGCCUGGCAUUUCAACCCUCCCGGUACACCACACAUGGGCGGUGUCUGGGAGAGGAUGGUACGGUCCGUCAAAGAAGCUUUGAGGGUCCUGGAUGACGGGCGGAGGUUGACUGAUGAGAUUCUCACCACGGCCUUGGCAGAAGCUGAGGAUUUAAUCAAUACCCGACCACUCACUUACAUUCCACAGGAGUCCGCCGAUGAAGAAGCUCUAUCACCAAACCAUUUCAUCCGUGGGACAGUGACCAAAGAAGGCGCAGUUUUGGACAACCCGGAUCAAUAUUAUGAAGCUUUGCGCAACAUGUAUUACCGAUCGCGGGGCCUGGCCAGAAAAUUUUGGGACCGGUGGUCGCAGGAGUACUUGCCGACUCUUAAUCAUCGCCCGAAAUGGUUCGAGGACACGAAGCCACUGGAAGUCGGAGAUCUAGUCUUCCUGGUGGAAGGCAAGAACCGGAAGUAUUGGAGACGAGGGCGCGUACAGGCAGUCGUAAAGGGAGCCGAUGGAAGAAUACGACAAGCGGAAGUAAGAACAGCGGAUGGCAAAGUGUAUCGACGAGGCGUGGCUACUCUGGCGGUGAUGGAGAUACAGGAUGGUAAAUCCGGAAGUACAGAAAGCUCUACCGGAUGUUACGGGCAGGGGAAUGUUCGCAUCACCGGGCAUCAACCGUAGACGGUAAAAUUGGCGAGUACCAUUUCGCACGAAACGAAAACAAAACAACGCAAAUGAAAAAUAUGCCAACACGCUCAUCUGUCAUGGAUAGAUCGACAGCGGAAACUGACUAGCAGGAGAAGAGGAAAAAGAAAAACAUAAACAAAGUUUUCGCUAUAUCAAGCUAACGUGAUUUAAUCAACUGUUUAAUUAUAAACUUUCGGGAUUAUAAUAAGUGUUAGGAGUGAAGAGGUGAAAAUCUUGGUGAACCUAGUUGGUCUCGACACCUUUUCGUAGCACACUUUAACCGAAGAACUGGAUCGGACCGUAGUGAAAAAUAGAAUAAAUAUCCUUUGAUUGAGGACCUGUUGAAACACUGCGAUUGACCAUCCAGAGUAGUACCGUAACGUCACGUAGACUGGUACGGUGAUUGAUUGUGAGUAUCUGUAAAGAGAAGAAAGUAACAAGUAAAAUUAUUAAUAAAUGCAUUAAAUGAUAGGAAAAAUAAGCGGGAAAGGAGUAUACCGUAGAAAGAGUUCAGGAAGAAAGUAUCGUAAGGAAGGAGGAGACUAUUUGAGCGAAUUUUUGCUGAACUAAAUUUUAGUAAGCUGCUAUACAACUAAAUUGUUUGUUGGCUAUUGACCCCUAACCAGAGCCUGAUUUACGAUUGUGGAUGCCCGCGUACGUACCUUUAUUUAUCAUUGAAAACAUAACAAACGUUGGUCACCUAUUUUUUAAAAAUUUCUUCACAGGGUUCUCGCUCAAAAAAUUAUCAAUAAUGUAAUCAAAAACCAAUAUUUCCAGUACAGGGGCUCCCAGAC